GAAAAAUGUUGCUGACAACGCCCAACAGGAAGCUGCUGGAAGAAAAACUUGAGCAAGACAAAAUGGCCGCCGAACCCAUCCUGAUUACCAACCUGACGCAGGAAUGGCUGGCGAGCCUUCGACGCUGGCACCUGGAGCUCUUCUUCAUCCCCACCACCGUGGUCACCCUGGCCACCAUGCUGGUGAACCCCAUCCUGUUGGCGUGCAUCUUCGCAUCACGCGCCUUACGCCGGGAGACGCGCUACCUCCUGGUGGCCAACACCUUGGCGGCGGACAUGUUGUUCCUCACCCUCAACCUGACCACCGCCGUCCUCAACGAGGCCCGGGCCGAAGUCCCGUGGCUGGUGUGCGAGCUGCUCACGGCCGUCACCGUCACGGCCUACUGCUGCGCCAUCCUCACCGUCACCCUCAUGGUGGUGGACACCUACGCGGCCGUGCGCUGGCCGCUGCACUACCACGACCUUCUCCCGCCCGCUCGAACCCACAGAAUCCUGCUGGGGGCGUGGGUACUGGCAGCAAGCUACCCGUUCACGCUGGUCAUCCUGAUGGAGAUGGAGAGGGAGCACCUACGCGGGAACGCGCCCGUGUGCCUCGUCCUCAUCUCCCUGGGUUUCAUUCAGGCCAAAAACACGGCGGGGAUUAACGUCUAUUUCUUCGUGGCCGCUCUCAUCUGCGCCGUGCUCAUCUUCUACUGCUACAUUCGCCUCUACAUGGAAACCAGAACCCAAGGCAUCUGGCAGAGUCGCUUCUCCAGAGCGCGGGUCACCGUGUUGGCCCACGGGGUCCUGCUCCUUCUUUACUUUGCCCCCGGCUUCGUCUUCACCCUGGAGCUGCUCCUGUUUCAGAGUAAAAACGUCAGCCAGGAUGUCCGAGUGUGGGUGAGCACGGUUAACAUGUGCGUGUUCAUGCUCCUUCCCAGGGCUUUUGCUCCUUAUCUGUACGGGCUACGCUACCGCGAGAUCUCCGACACGCUGCUGCAGAUGCUGCAUCGGCACCGAAGACUCAGCCAGAUCACUGUAGCGUAAUCACGUUCAGUGACGUCGUCCAAAAACCAACAUUGA